AACAUUGCUACUCCACAAAAUGUCCAACUGCAGCAAAUUUGGGACAAGUGGGCACACCUUACAUGGGAUUCUGUUAACUCUCCAGGACCACAAGCCAUUCACUAUUUGGUCAAUUACACAGAAAAUGGCGCACAAUGGACUCAACUUGAAACAACGGAGUGUGUAGCGGUAAUUCCAUUUCAUAAUGGAACUUUGGAGGCGAUUGUCAGGGCCACCUAUACACCAUGCGAAGGAAGCGAGACAAUACAUGGAAACAUUUCAAAAUCAGUUGCUAUUCGGAAUGCCUACAAAGGUUACUGUUCAUGCAAAACCUGGAUCAUAUUUGCUGCAAUUCCCGGAGCUAUCAUUCUAAUGGAAAAUGCAAUUUUGGCAACAAAAGCACUGCGACGCAGGUUCCACAAACCAUAA